AUGGCUCUCUUCCGAUUUUUGGUUACCGCAGCCUCGGCGAUGUUCCUCGCGGUUCCGACUGAGGCGCUCGAGGGAACAUCAGAGCUGCAGAGUAUCCUGAAGAACACUCACCGAAGCUCAGAAUAUAAGUAUCCCACUGAUUUCACCAGGGGUAUAUUACCUAUCCCGGUUCACUCUCAUAAUGACUAUUGGAGAGAUGUCCCUUUUUAUACAGGUUGGUUAUUCUUCGUGCUUUCCUUCAUAAAGCCAUUCAUUAAGAAAUCAUUCCCAGCUCUCUCGCUCGGUUGCAUCUCGGUUGAAGCGGAUGUGUGGCUGUAUAAUGGCACUCUCCAUGUUGGUCAUGACGAGUCAUCAUUAACUGACGAGCGCACGUUCGAGUCGCUCUACAUCAAUCCGAUUCUUGACGUUCUUGAGCGUCAGAACCCCAAGAGCAAAUUCUUGACAGCCCCAACACAUAAUGGUGUCUUUGACACAUCUACCGACCAAACGCUCUAUUUAUGGGUUGAUUCCAAGACAUCCGGCCCUGAGACCUUUGAGGCCGUCAUUGCGGCUCUGGAGCCUCUGCGCCGAAAGGGCUACUUGACAACCGUCAAGAACAACGAAACUCUCAUUCAGGGACCGGUCACCGUGAUUGGUACUGGCAACACUCCCUAUGACAUGGUUGGACCUGUUGCAGACCGCGACUACUUCUACGACGGGCCCCUUGCUGCUCUAAAUGAAAGCGGGAAUGAGGGAAUCACGUCGCUCAUUUCACCCAUUGCUUCUACCAGCUUCACUUCUGCGAUUGGCGAACUCACUCUGGGUGUUGAUAGCGUUUUGAGCGAUGAGCAGCUUGAUACUCUUCGAUCUCAGAUCUCUAACGCAAAGGAGAAGGGCAUCAAGGCCAGAUACUGGGGUGCGCCUUCGUGGCCGAUCCGGGCUCGCAACAUCCUCUGGACGACGCUUAUAAACGAGGGAGUCGGAUUGCUCAAUGCUGAUGAUCUGGCUGCUGCUGCUGAAUACUUUUAG